AGUUUAGGAACACCUUUCCACUUUUCAGGUAAACUAGAUGAGUGAGAGACGAAAGAUGACCUCAAAGAGAAACUGCGUAACUGCCAAUGAUUUUUCUCUCAAUGGAUAAAAAAAAAUUUCUACCACGGAAAGAUCUAUAAGGAUUAUUACUUUCAGUAGCAAUGUUUCAGCCUUUUAUUGAUUAACUGUGAUCUGAUAUGGGGUGUUUCGGUGGGAAAGGAAAAAACUAUCAGUGUACUAUUGUUUUGUUGGAUGAAACGGAUUUUGUGGAAGUUAUAGAGAGUGCCACUAAAGGAGAAGAACUGUUGGAUAAAGUGUACAAGCGUCUAAAUUUAAUAGAAACUGCUUAUUUCGGUCUUCGAUACCUCAACAAAGGUGGAGAAUCGCGAUGGAUUGAUCCAUUGAUAAAAGUGUCAAAGCAAUUUAAAGCUGAGCUGGGAGAUUACGAUCCACGGAAGCAUCACAAGCUCUACGUUUCUGAAUUCCGGUUUUGUCCUGAUCAAGAUGCAGAACUGGAGGAUCGUGUGGAACAGAUACACAAAACACUCGUGGGAAAAGUGCCAUCGGCCGUCGAAAUGACGUUCUUGGAAAAAGUCAAGUGGCUGGAUAUGUAUGGUGUUGAUUUACACCGAGUUCAGGGUGAUGACCAUGUGGAAUAUUUCUUAGGCCUUACACCUAGUGGAGUAAUAGUCAUGAAAAGUAAAAAGAGGAUGAGUAAUUACUUUUGGCCACGUAUCAGUAAAGUGUUUUUUAAAGGCAAAUAUUUCAUGAUCAGAGUGAGAGAUAAGGCAAAUGAUGAGAUGACUUACGGUUUCCUCCUUCCAUCCAGAGAGUCUUGUGAAUACAUUUGGAGAUGUUGUGUAGAACAUCACGCUUUCUUCAGACUUACUCAAGUGAAAGACAUUUCAGGAAAUCCGAUGCAAAUAUUUCGACUGGGUUCUAAAUACAGAUACAGUGGUCGAACAGAGCAACAAGUUAGAAAUGAAACAAAGCAAAUCAGAAGACCUCCUCCUCCUAUAGUAAGAGUUCCAAGCAGACGAUUUCAAAAAAGACUAGGGGAACCAGAUGGAGCUGAUGCUGACGUGAUGGAGAAGGAGAUCUUCAAACGGAAUAUAAUGAAUGAUGUUAAAGACGACAUGGCACUCGUUCAAGUAAUCACAUCUGUUCCUCUGUACAGAUCAGUAUCUACUCCAGCUGGCCUCUCAGCUGCACAUCAGCAGCAAGCAAAUGAUGUAAAUCCGUGGGAAGAUCCUAACCACAGAGGAUUGUUUUCCAGUAGGCAAUCUCUCGCAUCGUCCCGUGGCAGCAGCAGAAGAUCAGUUCACAAAUCUCAUCACAGGCGAUCUAGUUCCGUAGACAGUCAAACGAGCACUGACUCUCGGCACAGGCGGCGUCACCACCGGAGUAAAAGAAGUUCAGACAAUGAAAGUGAGAUAUCAAAAUCAUCAAGAGGUUCCAGAUCUUCAAAGAACGGAACUUCUCACAGAAAAGCAAGGCAUCAUAGUCGAGAGAGUGGGAGCGAUUCUGAUUCCCAUCACAGGAGCAGGAGGAGAAAGCACAGCAGUAGUAGAAGAAGAGAGAAUAGUUAUCAUUUAGUAAAUUCUGAAUCCCAAUGGAAACAAGUUCAAAAACAACAGCGUGAAAAAGAAAGGUUACAAAAUGCUGUUGUUAGAGAUCUUUCAAAUAGGAAAAGCGGGUACUUAAACUCAGGGAUAGAUACGGAAUCUGAAGCUCCAGCACAACGAAGAAAAAAACAUCGAAAGCACAGUAGAUCAAGGUCCAGAUCACCCGAAUCUAAUCCAAUCAUUUCUCAAGAAGUAAAAAAACAUUUACAGUAUCGUUUGGUGGAUCCAGUUAAUUUAACGGAAGAAGAGAGGAGAGAUAUUAAAUAUACCAAAGUCGAGACAGAAACUAAUGGAUUCAAAAUUCGCUACUCACCGACAUCAGGGAAACCUCGUUACAAAGUCUCAAAAGUAUCAUCCAGGACUUCUUUGGACACACUAAGCCGAAGAUCUACCUGUGAUGAAGACCCUCCUCCGCCUUACAGUGUCAAUUUAUCUCCCAAUGGCAAAUGUCCUGAAACCAACAAUGGCGUUAGCCAUUUAAAUAUAGUACCAUUGAGCAACAAUAAAUCAAAAAGGCAUUCAAAAGAAAUAAAUCAAAAUAAACUUCAAAAGGAAAUGAUUCAUUCACAGAUGAAGUCUGAAGAUAGUUGCCACAAAAUGAAGAAAAUAAACUCUCUAAACACAACGAACAGGCAGAAAACUAGCACUGAACUAUGACAGACAGUCAAAUGACUGAGCUUGUUAAUUUUAUCAAAUAAAUUAUGUAUAUAGUAUUUUCUUAA